AUGUUCCAGAGACUCAUUCGUUUUCUCGACGCCAAUGGUGACACCCUCUACGGAAACAUUACAGAAUCAGAUGACUUGAAGAAAAUUGAAGGCCUAUCCGUUUCAGUGCUCGCUGGCUCUAUCGAGAAGGGUUUUACAUCAACCAAUAAGCGCUCCGUUGCGACCAAACUGUCGAUCCCUCCUUAUCCCGUCAUUUUCACAAAGCCAUCCGACGCCCUUGCAGGUCCAUCAGAUGAGAUCCCCAUCCACCCAGAGGCACAAUCUAUGCUUGAUUACGAAGGGGAGCUUGGCGUGGUCAUCGGUCGUGACGCCUUGAACGUCUCCGAGGCCAAUGCUUUGGACUACGUGCUUGGCUACACGUGCGCGAAUGACAUUUCUGCGCGACAUUUUCAACUUCCGGAUACGUCGGGGGGCCAAUACUGUUUUGCCAAGUCUUUUAACAAGUUUGGCCCAAUAGGACCAUGUAUCGUGUCCCCCAAGCUUAUCCCUGAUCCGCAAAACUUGACUUUGGCGACGCGGGUCAACGGCGCCACAAGACAGUCCACUUCAACUUCGGAUAUGAUUUGGACUGUGAAGCAAAUCAUUUCCCACGCUAGCAAGGGCACAACUGUUCGCGCAGGAACGGUGAUAAUGACCGGGACUCCGGCUGGUGUUGGUUUGUUCUGCAAGCCUCAGGCCUUUAUGAAAUCUGGAGAUGAGGUCGAGGUGGAUAUCGAUGCAGUCGGUGUCCUGCGAAAUAAAAUUUUGUUCAACUAG